AUGAUGCUAGAAGGAAAUAAGAGAGAAUUAAAGUACUUUGAGAAUCUCACAUAUGUUGGGAACACUCGAACGUUAGCGACAGCGCAAGGCGGCGAUCCCAGCAAAGAUCUUUGUGGCCAACCCCUUCCUUCUGUGCCACCGGGAUACAGCGCCGAUCUUCGCAGUAAGGUCUCUCCUCUGCGUCCCUCUGACCAACUUGUCGACAUCCGCUAACGAGCCACGCUCGCUCGCAGGAGGCAUUGCUUCGAUUCGGCACGGUCACGCGGGGCAUCUGGGAUUUCAAGCUUGAGUACCAGAACGAUGCCCUGCGGAUUUUCUCGACUGCACUCGCAACGGCCGGUUCAGACCUGCACAAGCUCGUACGUGCCUUGCAUUCUACCUUGCACUCGCAAUCGUACUGAUCUUGGGACCUUGAGGGCUAGACGCAACCCGUUUGCACGAUCAGAUUGGCCGAGUGCAGCGAAAAGAGGUCGACAUGCUCUGGAAUCGCUUGGAGUUACCUGGCCGAGGUUUCCUCACGCGGCCCCCCGUCGCAGUUGCCAGUGGUCACUCGCCACCGAAAGGCACCCACUGGCCACGAAUUUCGGCUCCGGACGUAUCGUGCACCCAGAAUCUCUCAUCGCCGAGAGAGCCAGACCAGACCGCCUGCAGUGCCAGUGGACCGACCAAUCAGACUAUCAGGUGUACCCGGCCGAUUCAGGACAGUGAUCGUGAAUUUGGCGGCGCGCUGCCACAAGAAAUCCAUGCCGGGCCUACGUUGGUACUACUAACCGCAAAGGCUCUGUAG